AUGAUGCUGUUACUCCAACGACCUCGUCGGAUUGCCACGUUGUGGAUGACGCUGGCAGUGCUAUGGAUCGGUGUUUCCAUCGCCCAAGAAGAAGAAGAAGCUACCCAUGAAACGCCCCUGCUGGAAUCCUGCCGCCAAGAUGGCUUUGAUCCCUGGCAACUCUCGUGCGAGACAUGCGACUUGCUACCCACUACCAGCAAAUCGACAAGUAUAAAUCCUCAAGAACGCUGUUUGGAAUGCUGUCAGUCGUACAAGAAAUCGUCUCUGUUGACCCGCCCGUACGAAUCGGCCGUGCUGGUGCAUCGGCAGGAAGGUGCCGACAGUCAGUCGGAAAUGGCGCAGUUUUUAAAUGAACAUUGGGAAGGAUUGGUCCAAGAAAAGGGGUCGAAACGACUCUCGAAACUAGUGCGAAGUGACGAUUCUUCGGCAUCGUCCUCGUAUGGAUUCAUGUGGCGUCGACCAGCCCCGCAAUUGAUUCUUUGGUUUGAUGAAAUUGUUCCUCCCAAUCUGAAAUUGAAAGAGUACAAGAAUGUUUCCAAAGAAGUCAUUAAUUUGGACGGAUACAAGAAGGACGACAUUAAGGAUAUGCUGAGUACGCUUCUUCCAGAGAGCAAAACGAAAAAAUAGAUAACAUAAAUAAAUAAUUAGUGAAAGACGAUCAGCUGUG